GUGUUGUAGUAUGUUAUUUCGUUUUUAAGGAUCGGAUCGCUUCCUUUUCUUGUUUUUUUAGGAUCUAAAACGCAUCUAUAAAUUUUGAGAGAAAUCAUUGCCAAACGGGAUUAUGACAAACGAAUUGGAUUUGCGACUUGUUGUAAAACAUAUUGCAAACGGUACGCUUGGUGAAAAUUUGUGUAGAAUUUGUUUACUGCCACUAACAGAUCUUUAUGAAAAUAUAUUUACUAAGAUCUGUAAAGAAAACGAAGAAAUCUGCAUAGCGGAUAUUUUAAAAGAGAUAUGUAAUAUUCAGUUUUCAGACAGUGAUCACUUUAAUGUUUGCUCCGUCUGUGUUAUAUCUACAUGGAAUGCCUAUAAAUUAUAUUUACACAUUAGGCGUAACGACGAACUCCUUAACUUUUAUGCUGAUAAUUUGUUGUAUAAUCUUGAUGCUCUAGAUUCAGUAAAUACAUUGAAAAAUGAAAAUAUGUUUAUUUCACUACCAGUUAUAUCACCGGCCAUACCUUAUUUAGACUGUGAUGUGACCAAAAUAUGUGUAAAAAAGAAUGAGUUGAUAACAGAGAAUGAUGAUACCAAAAAUAGGGAAGAUAUAAAGAAACCACUGAUUACCGAAAGUAAAAAAGUAAACAUGGAAGUUAGUAAAGAAUUAUUAAAAAAUAUGAGUGAAAAGUCAAAUGAAAAACUGGUGAAAACUGAACAAGAUGAUGAUGAUGAUGACAUUGUUAUAAUUAUGAAUGAAAGAGGUCAACCAUCAUUUUUUAAGAUGCUAUCCAAUGGAGAUAUGGUGGAAAUAGAAUAUGAUGAUAGAUGUCGUAAUGCUUAUAGAGUCAUAAUGGAAGAGAUGCCUAGAAAAAGAGUUCAUAAGAAAAAAAGGGAGCCAAUGACAUGGAAACAAUGUACUAAAUGUCCAAUAAAAUACAGAUUUGUGGCUAAAUUAAGAGAGCACAUGUGGCACGAACAUGGAAUUUUGCUGUACUCAUGUAAAAUCUGCAAAGCACUCAUGGAAGAAGAAGAUGAAUAUCAAUUCCAUAUGAGCACACACACAAAUGAAUAUCAGUGUGAAAAAUGUAAUAUUGUGUUCAAAAAACGUGAUACAAUAAUAUCACAUUUGGCACUACAUAACAAGAGAGGUAAAAGACAUCAGAAUACAAAUUAUGUGUGUAAAGAAUGUGGUAAAAUAAUGAAAGAUGAAGAAAGUUGGAAAAUACAUAUUGAAGAACACAAUCUCAAGGAGUAUACAUGUUAUUACUGCGGUCGAAUGUACAAGAAAGAGAUUGGAUUUAAUAAUCAUAUAAGGAAACAUGAGAUGUACAUGAAAUUAAAAGAAAUCAGGCAGAAACAAGGAGAGAAGCGUUCCAUCCAAUUAGAAAAGCAAAAGCUGGAGAAGCAGAUGGCAGAGCAGAAGCAAUCCAAAGAGUUCACAUGCGAAGUGUGCGGGCGCACCAUACUCAGCGAACGCGCUCUAUUGUGGCAUCGCCGGUUACAUACUAACGAACGUCCAUUUACUUGUAAGACUUGCGGACGUGGAUUCGUGUCGUCCAAUCGUUGUAAGCAGCACGCUUUGUGCGCUCACACGACCCCCAAGCUGCGCUGUCCGCUGUGUCCAGCGCUGUUCCAUAUGCGCUCUAUGGUCAACUCUCACAUCAAGAAGGUACACUUGAAGUCUCACAAGCGUCGCACUCGUACCGUUCGUCAGCAUCAGGUAUUCUGGCAAACGGAGACUGUUCCUAUACAAGAGCUGAGCGUAGCAAUACAGAGCGAUAUUAUAGAAUUACAGGCGGCUAAUAAGACCGCCACUGACGAUGGGAUGUUUGUAGAUUAAUGAAGAGAAUUAGACGGUAUUAGUUUUUAUUGUGAUUUUAUAAAUAUUGUUAAUGAGUUAUAUAAUUUAAUCAUGAAAUAAAAUUUAGUUUAACGC